AUGAGAGAUCCUGACUCCAACUCCGACAAGUCGCACAACAAGCAGCAGACCUCUGCUCAGCCACCCAGGCUCGGCAUUCUGCAGUACCAGGCCAGUGAUGAUGUCAAGAGAUUGGCUGUCGAGUGGAAGACUGAGCUGGCUUCCGGAGCAUCCAGUGUGCUCUCGACUUUCAUAGCGUUCCCACUCGACUUCGCCAAAGUGCGCAUGCAAUCCUAUGACACCAAAUUCCUUCCAACCGUCAAGGAUGCCUACCAAGUCGAAGGUUUGCGCGCUUUCUGGAGAGGUGUUGCCGCCCCAAUGGCUAGUGUUACGUUGGUCCGCACCAUUUCCUUCAGUCUGUACAGCCGCUCUAAGCGCGUGGUCGAUUACUACAUAACCCAGAUGACCGGAAGGUCUCCUCUCGAGCUGGCCAACAAGAGGGGUCAAAGUCCAACCAUGUCAACCAUCGCCUGUUUCACCGGUGCUGGAGCUAUCGCUGGUGCUGUCAUCACUUGCGUUUCUUGUCCUUUCGAGCUCAUCAAGCUCAAUGCACAACUCGCCGGCAAGAUGAAGAGAGAGGCCAACCCUUCUGACCGCCCUCAGCCCAUCAGUGACCUUCGCACUGGCGCAUUCAGAACAGCUCAACAGCUUGUUCGUGACCGUGGUAUCCGUGGCCUCUACUGCGGUUAUCGCUUGCACCUUGUCCGCGACACUCUGGGCACCGCUAUUUACUUUGGCACCUACGAGACCGUUAAGCAGAUCCUCUCGAACGCUCGUGGAAAUGGCCCAGCAGAGCCAGCUGCAGUUGCUCUUGCCGGUGCAACUUGUGGCAUCGUCAGUUGGGUCAUGAUCUACCCUCUCGAUGUCGUCAAGACUCAAUAUCAAAAGCGCCAGCUUGAAGGAGGCUCUGCUCAGGUCGCCCGUCCUGAUAUUAAGUUCUUUCAGCCCGGCUCAUACAGAGGUCUCGGAGUCAGUGUCGGACGCUCCGCGUUGAUUAACAUGAUCUUCUUUUCUUCAUUCGAGCAGAUCAAGAAGAGAAUCAUCACCGCGGCAGACAUCUAG